AUGGCAGAGCCCGAAUUGAAUGUAGACAGUUUAAUACAAAGAUUAUUAGAAGUAAGGGGUAUGCGACCCGGCAAAUCGGUCCACAUGACCGAGGCCGAGGUGCGCGGCUUGUGCCUCAAGUCGCGCGAGAUCUUCCUGCAACAGCCGAUCCUACUAGAGCUCGAGGCGCCCCUUAAAAUCUGCGGAGACAUCCACGGCCAAUACACCGAUCUGUUGCGUCUUUUCGAAUAUGGAGGAUUCCCGCCGGAAGCAAACUACCUUUUUUUGGGAGAUUAUGUCGACAGAGGCAAGCAGUCGCUGGAAACGAUUUGUUUGCUGUUGGCUUAUAAGAUCAAAUAUCCCGAGAAUUUCUUUUUGCUCAGGGGUAACCACGAAUGCGCUUCUAUUAACAGGAUUUACGGAUUUUAUGACGAAUGUAAAAGGAGAUUUAAUAUAAAAUUAUGGAAAACCUUCACUGAUUGUUUCAACUGCUUACCGAUCUCAGCGAUAAUUGACGAGAAAAUAUUCUGCUGUCACGGCGGCUUAAGUCCGGACUUACAGGGAAUGGAACAGAUCAGACGAAUCAUGAGACCAACAGACGUACCCGACACAGGGCUCCUGUGCGACUUACUAUGGUCAGAUCCGGACAAAGACGUCCAAGGAUGGGGGGAGAACGAUCGCGGUGUUUCGUUCACGUUCGGAGCCGACGUCGUCAGCAAAUUUUUGAAUCGCCAUGAUCUGGACUUGAUUUGCCGAGCGCAUCAGGUCGUCGAAGAUGGUUACGAAUUUUUCGCUAAAAGACAAUUGGUCACUUUAUUCUCGGCUCCGAACUAUUGCGGGGAAUUCGACAACGCAGGGGGGAUGAUGAGUGUCGACGAGACACUCAUGUGCUCUUUUCAGAUCCUGAAGCCGUCUGAGAAAAAAGCGAAAUACCAAUAUCAAGGAGUGAACUCCGGCCGCCCGGCCACGCCUCAACGAAACCCCCCUCCCAACAAAAAGAAAUAG